UCGGAACGGACCCAUUUUGGGCACGAUCGUCAGAAUAGGAAAUCUCUGAAAAACCUCAAAUUUUGAAUAAAUUGUGAUAAAAUGUUUGUGAUACUAGUUGAAUUUGUAGAAAAAAUCAAAAUAAUUUGUUAAAUUUAAGAGAAAUAGUGAUUUUUAGACCCAGAAACACCUACAUUUAAAUAAGCAGCAAGCUAACAGGAGCAAAUAAAUAAGACCCGAUUUUUCGCACCAUACCACACGCACGCCCACCAGCGGGCGAAUAAAACAUGGAAGGAGGCAGUGGAAGUAGUAACUCGGAUCCCCGGUUCGAGUUCCUUGGUUCGUUUGUACAGAAAACGCUAAAAUUGAAGCCGGAAAAAUGGCACCGUUUAGUCACAUUUGAAGAGCACAAAUCAGUAAUGAAGGAAUUUUUCGAUAAUCCGGCAUCGUUAGUUCUGAUUAUUAUACUUACCCCAUCAGCACAGUUGAUUCCAAUAGUAAGUUUUCCUAUUCAGCAAUUAAAAAAUAAAGGAGUUUAUUUUGUUAAGAAAAAUACAAUAGAAGUACCCCGCGAGGGUUGUAAAGAUUGUUUAGUAGUGGGUGAUUUAGCGACUCGCACCAUUGAUCAGCUAUCGUGUCUCGUGGAUGAAAUCUUUGUUCCAUUGCUGUCCAACUCAGAAAAUCACCAAGGGUGGCCGGAAAUGGUUGCACAGGACGUACAAAAGCAGGUUCACAGCCUGAAAAGCACCGUCUAUCAAGUUCAGGGUCAAGUUAGUGGACAAACUGUUCUACCAAUGCCCGUAGGAGUUGAUAAAUGUGUGCAGACCGCAAAAGAACUAGUGGUCAAUGCGGAUUGUUCGAUCAAUCUCUAUCUGAAGAGUGCGAUCGAAGGAGUUGUAAUCAAAUGGGCCACCCAGGUGAACGACGUGAUGCUCGAGUCCAGUGCGAAUGCAUUCAAUGGUGGACAGAACCCGGUACCUUCCGCUGAGAUCAAUUUUUGGAAUAACCGACUGAAGAAUCUCACUUACAUCUACGAGCAGCUACGUCAUGAGAGAAUCCGUAGCAUGGCACUGAUUUUAGAGUUCACAGAUAGCGCCUAUUAUCCUUGUUUUAAGACACUAUUCAAAAAUGUAGUAACAGCUCUGGCUGAAGCACGUGAUAUAACACUGUACCUGAAUCCACUUACUCGGCACUUUCAGCAACUGGAGGAUACCGAGUUUUCCGAGUGUAAAGUGUUGUUGAAACCGUUGAUGCACGUUGUUUGUUUGAUUUGGUCCAACUCACUGUAUUAUUGUCACUCUGCAAAGUUAAUCGUUUUAUUGAGGCAAAUUUGUAACUUAAUCAUACAACAGGCCAAACGGUUCCUCGACCCGUCAUCGAUCUUCCAUAGUGACAUCGAUGAGGCCAUGCAGCGUAUAUCGCUGUCGAUUCAAAUUCUCAAGUACUUCCGUACCGUGUACGACGAAUACAAAGACAACAUCGCUCCGUUCUUUAAAGACCGCCCUGUGGUCAACUGGACUUUCCACCCGAACGCCGUUUUUGAGAGAUUCAACGCGUUCCUUGAACGACUGUUCACCAUCCAGUGGUUCUUUAAUACGGUGAUCGAAUUUCUCAAGCUUGAGAAAGUUGAAAUCGGCGGCCUGAAAGGGCGGGCACUUAGCGCACGCAUCACCGGCGUUUCCGUUGAGUUCAACCAAUGUUUUUCGGUGUUUGCCUCGAAAACCUACGACGUGUUGGAUCCGGACGAUCCGACCUUCAAAGAGGACUUCGUCAAGUUCCAAGAUCGCAUCCUGGAGCUGGAUUUGAAACUAGCAGCCAUUCUAUGUCAGGCAUUCGAUGAUUGCCACAACUUGGAAAGUGUUUUCAAGCUGAUCAGCAUAGUUGGAACCGUGCUGGAUCGCCCGAAGAUCCGAGAGGAAUUCACCGGCAAGUACCGCCAGAUAUUGUACAUGAUCGACGAAGAGCUCAGCACUUGCGAGGAUAUCUUCGAUAUGCAAAUGGAGUACCAUCGCAAGGACGGGCAUAUAUUCGUUGAUCGAAGUGCUCCUCCGGUAACGGCUUGUCUGCGCUGGGUCCUACAACUAACUAACCGGAUCACUAAGCCGAUCAAGCAGUUUCAGACUUUGCAGCACCCGGUUGUGCAGUCGGACGAAGGCUUGAUUCUGGUCAUCCGAUACGAUGAGCUGAUUGAGAAAUUGAAAGCGUUCGAACGAUCGAUCUUCGAAGCAUGGGCAGAAACGGUCGACGAAACGAUCGAGGAAAACCUGGACAAGCCGUUGAUCGUGAGGAAACGUAACAGUGCUGAACUGGCGCUGAAUUUCAGUCCUCAUUUGUCUUCGAUCUUGAGAGAAGUUCACUAUCUUCGCCUGAUGGAGAAAGAGGGCGUCCCUGAUCGUGGGCUGGAGUUUUCUGAAAAAAGUGAUGUAUACCGAUCGUAUACUUUGAAUUUGGAGAAAACUGUGGAAUGGUACAACAAAAUAAGGCGUAAUUGCACCGAGGUGGAACUGGAAUUGAUAAAGGGCGAGAUAAAAGUGAUCGACGAACUACUACAGAGGGCGAUCAACGAGCUUACGUGGAAUUCUGAAGGAAUCACCGAGUACAUGAUCAAAAUCCGUAAUCCUGUUGAACAACUGCAGGGUCGUAUGCAAAACAUACAAAAUAAUUUAAAAGAAAUUCGUUCGAUUAUGGCAUCAUGGGCAAAGUCGCCGUUGUUCGAAAGGAAGGAUUCCAAGAAGGAUACAGUGCUAUGCUUGGAAGAACGCAACGACCGUAAAACAAAGCGAUAUGCCGAAUUGGACACUGCUGCAACUAAGGUUCACCAGUUGCUCAAUGCGAACAUGCAUUUGUUCGGAAUGGAUGAAACACAGGAUGAGGACAAUUGGGUUAAAUAUGUCAAAUUUGUUGAUAACAUUGUUUAUGAGAGUUUGCUUUUUAUGAUUGGCAUCAGCAUGGGAUAUCUUGUUGAGAACAUGGAUCCGAACAAUAACCUUGCACCGCUGUUUGAAUCCAGACUGGAACUACUGGAACCGGAAUUGGUAUUCGUACCAUCUCUAAACCCAACUGAUCCAAAUGGUUUCAAUUUUCUGCUGGCUGCAUUAGUUACUGACAUUACAUUCAUGUCCUCAUUAAUUCCGAGAUUGCUGAAAGAGGCCGCCGAAACCUAUGACGAAAAAGUGAUGCACAACACCGAUAUUCAAGACAUGAAGGUGGAAAUUCUCCAAGGAGUAGACAGAGUGAUUCAAGAAGCUGCUCAGUUUUGCCGCGACUUUGAACGCUACAGUUAUCUAUGGUUGGAGGAUCGUGAGUAUAGUAUGGAAAUAUUUUUGGAGUACGGCCGUCAGUUGGAAGCAGAUGAGCUGGAAUUGAUUGCUAACAAAGAUCCAGAAGCACCACAACCUUGCCAACCAACAAUUGAGGCUUUCCGAGAGCAAAUUGAUCACUAUGAGUCUCUAUACCUUGAAAUAGAGAAGAUAGAACCAUUCCAGAUUUUUAACGCGUGGUUCCAAGUAGAUGUUAGACCUUUCAGGCAGUCGCUGUUGAACAUUGUCCGAAAGUGGGGCAACAUGUUCAAAGAUCACCUUGUUACUAACGUCACGUACAGUCUCACGGAUUUGGGCAAAUUUAUCAGGAAAGCAGACGAAGGUUUGCUACAGGUUGUGAAGGAAGGUGACUACGAUGGGUUGGUCAACAUAAUGGCGUACCUAUUGCACGUUAAAGAACGCACCGCAACUACUGACGAAAUGUUCGAGCCCAUGAAGGAGACCAUUGAGCUACUGAAAUACUAUGACAUGGAUAUCCCAGAAGAGGUCAAUGUGUAUCUGCAAGAACUACCGGAACAGUGGGCCAAUACUAAAAAGAUUGCACUCACUGUUAAACAGCAAGUUGCCCCUCUGCAGGCGAACGAAGUUGUCGGCAUCCGCAACAAGAUAGCCGCAUUCGAUGUGCACAUUACCCUGUUCAGAGAUAUCUUCCGUACAUACGACUUCUUCAAGUACGAUUGCACAUUCCCAUAUAACUUGUUGAAUCGUAUAAACGGAGACAUGGAAAGUUUGGAGAAGGAUAUGCAGGAUAUUCACGAGUCCGGUAGCCUGUUCGAAGUCCCGGUACCGGAGUUCAAACUGUUGAAGCAAUGCCGGAAGGAAAUGAAAAUGUUGAAGCAACUCUGGGAUUACGUUUACAUUGUACGCACAAGUAUUGAGGACUGGAAGACAACUCCUUGGCGUAAGGUCGACGUCGAAAACAUGGACAUUGAGUGCAAAAAGUUUGCAAAGGACAUACGUUUGUUAGACAAGGAAAUGCGACCAUGGGAUACGUAUACAACCCUGGAGGCAACGGUAAAGAACAUGCUGACAUCGUUGAGGGCCGUUGGUGAGCUGCAGAAUCCAGCAAUUCGAGAACGUCACUGGAAUCAACUUAUGUCAUCGACAAAGAGUUUAGCUAAUCUGCCGCCCGAGAUUACAGUCCAAUUCAUAAUGGACAAGAAUACUACCCUGUCAGAUCUGCUGGCCCUGAACCUACACGAAUGCGAAGAGGAGGUCAAGAACAUCGUUGACAAAGCGGUUAAAGAAAUGUCCAUGGAGAAGAUUCUUCGUGACCUAAACACCACGUGGUCCGCAAUGGAAUUUGAGCACGAAAUUCAUUCACGUACUGGAAGCUCUCUGCUCAAGGCUUCCGAAGAGCUCAUUGAAACCCUCGAAGAAAACCAAGUUGUUCUACAGAAUUUGAUGACCUCCAAGUUUGUCGCCCAUUUCCUCGAGGAGGUAUCCGGCUGGCAGAAGAAACUGACCACCGCCGAUCAGGUUAUCACGGUGUGGUUUGAAGUCCAGCGCACCUGGACCCAUCUGGAAUCGAUCUUCAUGAGCUCGGAGGACAUCCGAAAGCAACUGCCCAUCGAUUCGGCACGCUUCGACCACAUCGAUGAGGAUUUCAAAGUAAUGAUGGAAGAAAUGUCCAAAACAUCGAACGUCAUUCACGCUACCAACCGGGACGGGCUGUGCGAGAAGCUAGAUGAACUGCAAAGCCAACUGACGUUGUGCGAGAAGGCAUUGGCCGAGUACUUAGAAACGAAACGGCUGUACUUCCCCAGAUUCUACUUCGUAUCGUCUGCCGAUUUGCUGGAUAUUCUGAGUAACGGCAACCGACCGGAUGUGGUCUGCAAGCAUCUCACUAAGCUGUUCGACUCUAUUGCCAAACUGAAAUUCCAAACAGAACCGGACGGAUCUACGAAGUUUUCCCUUGGUAUGAUCGCCAAGGAUACCGAAUAUGUAAAGUUCUACGAACUGUGCGGCUGUACGGGACCGGUCGAAGUUUGGUUGAACCAAGUGCAAAGAUCGAUGAGAUCGUCCCUCCGAAAUUACAUCGCGGAAGCCGUCGUAGCAUACGAAGAGAAGCAACGCGAACAUUGGCUGUUCGACUAUCCGGCUCAGGUCUCGCUGUGCGGGACGCAAAUCUGGUGGACAACUGAGGUCAACAUCGCGUUCAGCCGACUGGAGGAAGGAUAUGACAACGCAAUCAAGGAUUACUACAAAAAGCAAAUCUCACAACUGAGCACACUGAUCACCCUACUGCUCGGUGAGCUGACCAGAGGCGAUCGCCAGAAGAUCAUGACCAUCUGUACAAUCGAUGUCCAUUCGCGAGAUGUCGUUAGUAAACUGAUUCAGUCAAAAGUAGAGAGCGCUUCCGCUUUCCAAUGGCAAUCCCAAUUGCGUCACCGGUGGGACGACCACGAAAAGGACUGUUUUGCGAACAUCUGCGAUGCCCAGUUCGUCUACAGUCAUGAGUAUCUUGGUAACACGCCACGUUUGGUGAUUACCCCGCUGACCGAUAGAUGCUACAUUACCCUGACACAGUCCCUGCAUCUGGUCAUGGGAGGUGGCCCCGCUGGACCUGCCGGUACUGGGAAAACCGAAACCACAAAAGAUCUUGGUCGAGCACUUGGCAUCAUGGUCUACGUGUUCAACUGCUCCGAACAGAUGGAUUACAAAUCCUGCGGCAAUAUCUACAAGGGGCUGGCGCAAACCGGAGCUUGGGGCUGCUUCGACGAAUUCAACCGAAUCUCCGUUGAAGUGCUGUCGGUGGUUGCCGUGCAGGUCAAAUCGGUACAGGAUGCCAUUCGAGACAAGAAAGACAUGUUCAACUUCAUGGGGGAGAUCAUCGCAUGCAUUCCGACAGUGGGGAUAUUCAUCACGAUGAAUCCAGGUUAUGCAGGUCGUACUGAGCUGCCCGAAAACUUGAAAGCUUUGUUUAGACCAUGCGCUAUGGUUGUUCCUGAUUUCGAACUGAUUUGUGAAAUUAUGUUGGUCGCAGAAGGCUUCCAAGACGCUCGAGUACUCGCUAGAAAAUUCAUCACUUUGUACACACUGUGUAAAGAACUGCUUUCCAAACAGGAUCACUACGAUUGGGGCUUGCGAGCAAUCAAGUCCGUUCUUGUCGUCGCUGGAUCUCUUAAGCGCGGAGAUCCAGGUCGCCCAGAAGAAGAAGUGUUGAUGCGAGCCUUGAGAGAUUUCAACAUUCCCAAAAUUGUUACCGACGAUAUGCCUGUUUUCAUGGGCCUGAUUGGUGACCUCUUCCCGGCACUGGACGUCCCUAGAAAGCGAGACAUGGAAUUCGAAAAGACAGUGAAACAGGCUACUCUGGAUCGUGCCUUGCAACCAGAAGAUAAUUUUAUUUUGAAGGUUGUCCAGCUGGAAGAACUUCUAGAAGUACGACACUCCGUGUUCAUUGUGGGUAACGCGGGCACUGGAAAGACACAAGUCUGGAAAACCCUGUACAAAACGUAUCAGAACAUUAAAAAGAAACCCGUCUUUGACGACCUAAAUCCGAAGGCUGUCACCAACGAUGAACUCUUUGGAAUCAUCAAUCCAGCGACCAGAGAAUGGAAAGACGGACUGUUUUCUGUUAUCAUGCGAGAACAAGCUAGCCUUACAGGAGACAACCCCAAGUGGAUAAUUCUAGAUGGUGACAUCGAUCCCAUGUGGAUAGAGAGUUUGAACACCGUAAUGGACGACAAUAAGGUUCUGACCCUAGCUUCUAAUGAACGCAUUGCGUUAACUCCAUUCAUGCGACUAAUAUUUGAAAUAUCCAACUUGAGAACGGCUACGCCAGCCACUGUAUCGCGUGCUGGAAUUCUCUACAUCAAUCCUCAAGACUUGGGAUGGAAUCCAUAUGUAACAAGUUGGAUCGAAACACGAACAAUUCCUGCAGAGAAAUCCAACUUGGUCAUCUUGUUCGACAAAUACAUUCCAGCCUGUCUGGAUAACAUACGAACACGGUUCAAGAAAAUUACGCCGAUCGCCGAGAUGGCCCAUAUACAAAUGCUGUGUCACUUAUUGGAGUGUCUUUUGAUCCCAAUCAAUACUCCCGCUGAUUGUCCGAAGGAGUGGCAUGACUUAUAUUUUGUGUUCUCGUGUGUUUGGGCAUUCGGUUCAGCUAUGUUCCAAGAUGCGGCCAUUGACUAUCGUGUCGAGUUUAGCAAAUGGUGGGUCAAUGAGUUCAAAACCGUUAAAUUCCCCCCGACCGGAACCGUAUUCGACUACUUUAUCGAUACCGAAACCAAGCACUGGACCCCCUGGACGGAGAUUCUUCCUAAGUUUGAGAUGGACUGCGAUCAACCGCUGCAGGCCGUGUUGGUCCAUACAUCCGAGUCAAUUCGACUAAGAUUUUUCCUCGAUUUGUUGAUGGAUCGUGCGCAUCCCGUAAUGCUUGUCGGUAUUGCAGGAUGUGGCAAAACGGUCGUCGUUAACGAAAAAUUGGCCAAUUUAUCUGAGAAUUUUGCCAUCGCGAACAUCCCGUUUAAUUUCUACACUUCAUCUGAGAUGCUUCAAAAAGUGAUGGAGAAACCAUUAGAAAAGAAAGCGGGUCGUAACUACGGUCCUCCCGGAAGCAAAACGCUAAUCUACUUUAUCGACGACAUGAACAUGCCUGAGGUGGAUGCCUACGGUACGGUUCAACCUCAUACACUGAUUCGGCAGCACAUGGAUUACAGCCAUUGGUACGAUCGGAAUAAGCUAACUCUAAAAGAUAUUCACAAUUGCCAAUACGUUUCGUGUAUGAAUCCCACCUCGGGUAGUUUUACAAUCAACCCUCGAUUGCAGCGUCAUUUCUGUGUAUUCGCUGUGAGCUUUCCCGGCUCUGAGGCUGUUACCACCAUCUAUCAUUCGAUCCUUCUCCAGCACUUUGCGAAUGCGGAACAGAAAUUCAACAUAGCUGUAACUAAAAUAUCACAAAAUAUUGUCGCAGCAAGUUUGGCUCUGCACUCUAAAGUGGCACAAGUGUUUCUCCCGACGGCCAUCAAGUUCCACUACGUCUUCAAUCUGCGUGACUUGACGAACGUUUUUCAGGGACUUCUUUUCAGUACCAAUGAUUGUCUGCUAACAUCCAACGACUUCAUUCGACUGUGGCUACACGAAACUCAACGAGUCUACGGCGACAAACUGCUCGAUGACAAAGAUAUCGACAGCUUCACCAAAAUGCAGAACGAUUUAGUGAAGAAAUCCUUCGAGGAAAUCGACGAAUCUAUCGUGUUUGACAAACCGAACAUCUACUGUCACUUCGCCGGAGGCAUCGGUGAACCGAAGUAUAUGCCCAUCACGGACUGGGGUGUGCUGACGAAACUACUGCAGGAAGCGAUGAUGUCUUACAACGAUCUCAUAGCUGCAAUGAAUUUGGUUCUUUUCGAGGACGCCAUGAUGCACGUUUGCAGAAUUAACAGAAUUCUUGAAUCUCCCCGUGGAAGCGCUUUGCUAGUUGGUGUAGGUGGCAGCGGAAAGCAAUCCCUUAGCCGUCUAGCAGCGUUCAUCUCAAGUUUGGAGGUGGCACAAAUUCAAUUAAAGAAAGGCUACAGUGUUGCCGAUCUGAAGAAUGAACUGUCCGGAUUGUACCUUAAGGCAGGGCUAAAGAAUGUCGGUAUAAUGUUUUUGAUGACAGAUGCUCAAGUAUCCAGCGAAAGCUUCUUGGUGAUCAUAAAUGAUCUGCUUUCAUCUGGUGAAAUACCGGACCUGUUCCCGGAUGAUGAAGUUGAAAACAUCAUCUCCGGAGUACGCAAUGAAGUCAAAGGUGCUGGUCUGGUUGAUACACGCGAGAACUGUUGGAAGUUCUUCAUCGAUCGUGUUCGACGGCAACUAAAGGUUGUGUUGUGCUUUUCACCGGUCGGUGUUACGCUACGUGUACGCUCUCGCAAAUUCCCGGCCAUCAUUACCUGUACACAAAUUAAUUGGUUCCACGAGUGGCCGCAGGAAGCUUUGAUGUCCGUGUCGUUGCGUUUCCUACAAGAGUUGACGAUUUUACCGGGCGAUUGCAAGGACUCAAUUGCACGGUUCAUGGCUUAUGUACACACCUCGGUCAACUCAAUGUCCAAAGUCUAUCUGCAAAAUGAGCGUCGAUACAACUACACAACUCCAAAGUCCUAUCUUGAACAGAUCAGCUUAUACGAUAAACUAUUGAAGGAGAAGCACGGUGAACUUCGUAAAAAAGUUGAACGUCUGGAGAAUGGUCUGGAGAAACUGCGUACUACAGCCGAUCAAGUUGCUACCCUGAAACAGAAGCUAGCUGUUCAAGAGAUUGAAUUGAAAGAAAAGAACGAUGCCGCUGAUGCUCUUAUAGAAAUGGUCGGAGUAGAAACUGACAAAGUUCAAACCGAGAAGGCAAUUGCUGAUGAAGAAGAGCAAAAGGUGGCCGUCAUUGCCAAGGAAGUAGCCAAAAAGCAACGUGAUUGCGAGGAAGAUCUCGUCAAAGCAGAACCGGCUCUGGUUGCGGCCCAGGAAGCUUUGAACACCCUCAACAAGGCCAAUCUAACUGAGUUGAAGUCGUUCGGCUCGCCUCCUGGCGCUGUGACCAACGUUACAGCCGCCGUCAUGGUUCUGUUGGCGCCCAACGGAAAAAUUCCCAAAGAUCGCAGCUGGAAGUCCGCCAAGAUCAUGAUGGCCAAAGUGGACAAUUUCCUCGACAUGCUCAUUAAUUACGACAAAGAACAUAUCCACCCUGAGAUUAUAAAAGCCAUUCAACCGUACCUUAAAGACACUGAAUUCGAUCCCGAUUUCAUAAGAUCGAAAUCGGCAGCGGCAGCAGGUCUCUGUGCCUGGGUCAUUAAUAUCAUCAAAUUCUACGAUGUAUUUUGUGAUGUUGAGCCUAAGAGGAAAGCAUUGGCAGCGGCCAAUGCUGAGCUUACAGCAUCCCAGGAAAAAUUAGCAAACAUCAAACGGAAAGUUGCCUCACUGGAGGAACAACUAGCGAAGCUCACUGCAGAUUUUGAGAAGGCUACCGCAGACAAAUUACGUUGUCAACAGGAGGCGGAUGCUACACAGGCCACAAUCCAACUGGCUAACCGGCUCGUUGGCGGUCUAGCUAGCGAGAAUGUUCGUUGGGCUGAAGCGGUGGCAGAAUUCAUGCAGCAAGCCACAACCCUACCGGGCGACAUCCUGCUUAUAACGGCUUUCAUAUCCUACGUCGGGUGUUUCACGAAGCAAUUCCGAAUGGAUUUGCUGAACAAAAUGUGGUUGCCAUUCCUACGGGCUCUGGAACCGGGCAUCCCAAUCACGGACAGUCUUGAUCCAUUAAGAUUACUGACAGAUGACACGCAGAUUGCAACGUGGCAGAACGAAGGCUUGCCGAGCGAUCGAAUGUCAAUCGAGAAUGCUACGAUUCUUUCCAACUCCGAUCGGUGGCCGUUGAUGAUCGACCCGCAGCUACAGGGUAUCAAAUGGAUCAAGCAAAAGUACGGUGAUAUGCUCAAAGUUAUUCGCUUGGGAAGCAAAGGUUAUCUCGAGGUGCUGGAGAAAGCGUUGGCCAAGGGAAGUACCGUACUCAUCGAGAAUAUUGGUGAAAAUGUGGACCCUGUGCUGAAUCCAUUGCUAGGCAGGAACUUGAUCAAGAAAGGAAGGGCCAUCAAAAUAGGUGACAAAGAAGUGGAAUAUAACCACAGUUUUCGACUGAUUCUCCAAACAAAAUUAGCCAAUCCGCAUUACCAACCUGAGAUGCAAGCGCAAACAACUUUAAUCAACUUUACCGUCACAAAAGACGGCCUCGAAGACCAACUUCUUGCCGAAGUCGUAAAAGCCGAGCGUCCCGAUCUUGAGGAGCUCAAAGCUGAUCUAACCAAGCAGCAAAACGACUUCAAGAUUAUGCUCAAGAAGUUGGAAGACGACCUCCUUUCGCGUCUAUCCUCAGCUGGUGGCAACAUCCUAGGCGACACAGCACUGGUAGAGAAUCUGGAAACUACCAAGAAAACCGCUGCGGAAAUCGAGGAGAAGGUCACCGAAGCUAAGGUAACAUCGAAGGAGAUUGAUGAAGCACGCGAACACUACCGACCGGCCGCCGCUCGUGCCAGUUUGCUAUACUUCAUCUUGAACGAUCUGAACACCAUCAAUCCGAUUUAUCAAUUCUCAUUGAAAGCGUUCAGCGUAGUCUUCCAAAACGCUAUUUCUAGAGCUGAACCAGCUGAGGGUGUUGCAGCCAGAGUUAACAAUCUGAUCGAUUGUAUAUCAUUCUCAGUUUUCCAGUAUACGACUAGAGGUUUAUUUGAAUGCGACAAGCUUAUCUUUAUGUCUCAAAUGACAUUUCAGAUUUUAAUGAUCCGCGAAGAAAUUACCCCAGCAGAGCUUGACUUCCUUUUACGUUUCCCCAUCAAACCCCAUGUGACGUCACCAGUGGACUUCCUCACCAACACCGCUUGGGGUGGCAUUUGCAGCUUAGCUUCCAAAGAUGAAUUUCGUAAUCUGGAUCGCGAUAUAGAAACUUCGUCCAAACGUUGGAAAAAACUUAUCGAAUCGGAAUGUCCCGAGAAGGAAAAGUUCCCACAAGAAUGGAAGAACAAGACUGCUCUACAGAGGCUUUGCAUGAUGCGCGCUCUGAGACCAGAUCGCAUGACCUACGCGAUGACCGAUUUCAUCGAGGAAAAGCUCGGAUCUCAUUACGUUGAGAACCGUACAAUGGAAUUCGCCAAAUCAUUUGAAGAGACUAGUCCAUCCACGCCGAUAUUCUUCAUUCUGUCACCGGGUGUCAACCCGUUGAAGGAUGUAGAAGCUCUGGGCAAACAGUUGGGCUAUGCUGCGGAUAAUGACAACUUCUAUAAUGUGUCAUUAGGUCAAGGUCAAGAAGUAGUUGCUGAGGCAGCCAUGGAUAAAGCAGCGACCUCCGGGCACUGGGUUGUACUGCAAAACAUCCAUCUCGUCAAAAAAUGGCUACCCUCGUUGGAGAAGAAACUGGAAUAUUACUCGGAAGGAUCGCACGAUAACUAUCGUAUAUUCAUGAGCGCAGAGCCUGCAGCAACCCCAGCGGCUCAUAUAAUUCCACAGGGUAUUCUUGAGUCGUCCAUCAAGAUAACCAACGAACCACCCACCGGAAUGCAAGCCAAUCUUCACAAAGCAUUGGACAACUUUACACAGGAAACCUUGGAAAUGUGUGGCAAAGAAGCGGAAUUCAAAGUUAUCCUAUUUUCGCUUUGCUAUUUCCAUGCAGUCGUUGCCGAAAGACGCAAAUUUGGACCCCAAGGGUGGAACAAAACCUAUCCCUUCAACGUUGGUGACUUGAAUAUCUCAGUGUCCGUAUUGUACAACUACCUUGAAGCAAACACCAAAGUUCCGUGGGAAGAUCUCCGUUAUUUAUUCGGCGAAAUUAUGUACGGUGGACACAUCACUGACGAUUGGGACCGCAGGACUUGCAUCACUUAUCUGGAAGAACUCAUGCAACCGGAUCUAGUAGAUGGCGAACUGUUUCUCGCUCCCGGGUUCGCCGCUCCCCCGAAUACUGACUAUGUGGGCUAUCACGCUUACAUAGACGAUGCAAUGCCUCCAGAGUCUCCGUAUCUGUACGGCCUGCACCCGAACGCAGAAAUUGGCUUUUUAACGACAACAUCGGAGAAUCUGUUCCGAACUGUAUUCGAAAUGCAGCCGCGCGAUGCCGGUGCCGGAUCCGGCACGACAGUAACCCGAGAAGACAAAGUAAAACAGAUACUGGAUGAGAUUAUGGAGAAACUUCCGGAGGAGUUCAACAUGACUGAGAUCAUGGGUAAGGUAGAGGAACGCACUCCCUAUGUUGUGGUAGCUUUCCAGGAGUGCGAACGAAUGAACUACCUGACCGGAGAAAUGAAGAGGAGCCUGAAGGAAUUGGAUCUCGGUAUGAAGGGCGAGCUGACGAUCACUUCCGACAUGGAGGAUUUAGAGAAUUCACUGUUCUUGGAUCAGGUCCCUACGAUCUGGUCCGCCCGCGCUUACCCAUCGCUGCUCGGUUUGACCGGGUGGUUCGUCGAUCUGUUGCUAAGGUUGCGCGAGUUGGAAACCUGGUCCGCGGAUUUUGUCCUCCCCACGUCUGUUUGGUUGGCAGGAUUUUUCAAUCCGCAAUCUCUGCUGACAGCCAUCAUGCAGUCAACGGCAAGGAAGAAUGAGCUACCGUUGGACAAAAUGUGUCUUCACUGUGAUGUAACCAAGAAACAGAAGGACGAUUUCACAGCCGGCCCGAGAGAGGGGGCAUAUGUACACGGAAUAUUCAUGGAAGGAGCCCGAUGGGAUGUUCAGCAGGGUAUUAUAAUGGAAUCGAAACUCAAGGAGCUAUACCCUCAGAUGCCUGUGAUCAAUAUUAGAGCACUGACCCAAGAUAAGCAAGAUUUGCGCAACAUGUACGAAUGCCCUGUCUAUAAGACGAGAACCAGAGGACCCACCUACAUUUGGACAUUCAAUUUGAAAACCAAAGACAAACCGGCCAAAUGGACCCUCGCCGGUGUGGCAUUAUUGCUUCAAGUUUAAGAAUAUUUAGCAAAUUGUUUGACUAUAUUUAUCAUAUUCUAUCAUGUGUUAUAUUUGAAAUUUUUUAACGCACCACGUUUUUGCUUGCAUUGUUAACCAGUAAUACAUAUUUUAAUAUCGUUUAGGUACUAAAAACUGUAAAAUAGCUUAAUAUUUAUUAUAAAAUCAUCAAAACAGCGCUUUAAAAUCCUGCACUCAUCUAACACUGCAACGAUAAAAAAUGUGUUUGAUU